AUGAAUUCACCUGACGGAGAAGCGCAGUUUUGCUUUGCUUUUGUUAACAAUUCAUGCCCCAGAAGUGUGAGGUCUGUGCUGAGUGUCUGUGCCUUGUAUGUUGUCAUGAUUGGCGCCAUAGUGAUGACCAUGCUUGGCAACCUGGUUGUAAUUGUUUCCAUCACCCACUUCAAGCAGCUCCACUCCCCAACCAACUUCCUGGUCCUCUCCAUGGCCACCACGGACUUCUUAUUGAGAUGUUUGGUCAUGCCCUUCAGUAUGAUCAGGUCCAUCGAGUCCUGUUGGUACUUUGGAAACUUCUUUUGCAAAGUCCACAGCUGCUGCGACAUCAUGCUCUGUACCACCUCCAUUUUUCACCUCUGCUUCAUUGCAGUGGACCACUAUUAUGCCGUGUGCGACCCUUUGCAUUAUGUCACCAAAAUCACCAUUCCUGUCAUAGAGGUCUUUCUGCUCAUCAGUUGGUCUGUUCCGAUCUUUUUUGCCUUUGGCCUGAUAUUCUCAGAAUUAAACGUAAUUGGUGCAGAAGAUUUUGUUGCAGCCAUUGACUGCACAGGUUUGUGUGUGUUAAUAUUUAACAAACUCUGGGGGGUGUUGGCCUCCUUCAUAGCCUUCUUUCUUCCUGGGACUGUAAUGGUGGGGAUUUACCUACACAUUUUCAAAAUAGCCAGGAAGCAUGCUAAGCAAAUUGGUAUGGAGCCCACAAUGAAACAGGUGGGGUCAGGAAGCAAAACAAAGGUAUCUUCAAACAAAGAAAGCAAGGCCACCACGACUUUAAGCAUAGUCAUGGGAGUGUUUGUGUUGUGCUGGCUGCCCUUUUUUGUCUUGACGAUCACAGACCCUUUCAUUAACUUCACAGCUCCUGAAGAUUUGUACAAUGUCUUUCUCUGGCUGGGUUAUUUCAAUUCCACUUUCAAUCCCAUUAUAUACAGUAUGUUUUAUCCUUGGUUUCGCAAGGCAUUGAGGAUGAUUAUCACAGGAAUGAUCUUCUACCCUGACUCUUCCACCCUGAGCCUAUUUCCUACACAGGCUUAG